AUGUCUGAGCUUCUGAGACAGCAUUUGGGUUCUAAACUAAUAGGUAGCCUUAACGCCCCAAGUUUAGUGACAAGAAAUAUGUCACUUCUUCCUCAGAAGUGGAAUAAAUACUUCAAUAUCCGAGAUGACGUUGAAAUUUCUAGUGGGACAUAUCGUAUUUAUCGCCGAGGCGUUGAGGGCCCUCUCCUGUUUUUCAUUCACGGUGGAGGUUUUUCUGCCUUGUCUUGGUCUUUGUUAAGUAAAGCUAUUACUGAAGACGUUCGUUGCCAAUGUCUUGCUGUGGAUAUGCGGGGUCAUGGUGAUACGAAUUGUAAUGAUGCAAGCGACUUUUCCAUCGACACCCUUGCGAAUGACAUUGUUCAGAUUAUUUUUGCAAUCAUGGGUGGUGCCGUCGCUGUACAUGUUGCUCAGAAACGGGCUAUUCCUUCAUUUGCAGGACUAGUGGUUAUAGAUGUCGUUGAAGGAACUGCUAUUGAAUCACUGCACAGCAUGACUUCCUUCCUUAGCAACAGACCUCAGAGCUUUCGUUCACUCACUGAUGCUAUUGCUUGGAGUGUGAAAAGCGGCACAAUUCGAAAUUCCGAAUCAGCGUGUGUCUCCUUCCCUGGUCAACUAAAGCGCAUAUCUACUGGUGAGAGCGCUACACAGGAGUUGGAGAAGGGCACGGCUAUUAUCAGCGCCCCCGCCUUCCCAACCACUCAUCCUCCCUCAGGUUCUGCCGCCGGCAAAACUUCUUCGGUUCAUUCUCUCUUUGGAGUUAGCGAGGAAGAGGGAGAAGAUGAGCAUUUGGAGGAUAAAGCGGAAGACCCAAAUCCAGCAAAUCAUCCACUGCCACCUCUUAACCGAGGUAAUGGAGAAUUAAAGCCCUCUCACACUUGCUCGCUUGCAUCCAACCGAAUUCUUGUGGCCUCUCAUCACCUUCCACCUAGCGGUACUUCAGAAACUCAUUCAGAGGCUUGUGUUGAUACUUCAGCGGCACCAGGUCAUUCAACAACAGUUGCCGCCUCUAAGAGUGGAGAUGGUUACGCCUGGCGGGUAGACCUAUUGAAAACUGAACCCUUCUGGCGGGGCUGGUUUACCAACAUGUCCUCCCUCUUCCUCUCCGUUCCUGAGCCAAAACUCCUCCUUAUUGCUGGCAUGGAACGGCUAGAUAAGGAACUCACUAUUGGUCAAAUGCAAGGUAUAUAUUGCAAUGAAUUAUGGAGUCUUAUUAACACGUUAAUCGAAAUAGGAGAUCUUGUCAUUACAUAG